AUGGCUGUCCAAAGCAACGGCACGCAUGGCCCAUCCGUCCGAUUCGCACCACCCAAAUCAACCUCAUCCUCAUCAAGAAUCAACGGUGAUGACUCCGUGGAAGUAGAAGUGGAAGAAUACGACCAGCCCGAAUCCUCCCCCUACGAAUCCCGCCGCGUGAUCCUCCUCCUGGGCCCCCACGAACGCAAACACUCCGUGCCCGAGUACUACCUCCGCCAGUCCCCGAUCUUCACCGACAUCCUCAGCACGUACCCGCACUUCAUCACCAAGACAGUCCCCUGCAUCCCCCUGCCGGACGUCGACGACGACCUCAUCCACACGGUCGUCCACUACCUGCACACGGGCAGCUACCAGACGCUGCGGCCCGCGGGGGGCAGCGACUGGACCAAGACCGAGUACCGGCGCAGCGUGCUCGUCUACGGCGCGGCGGCCCGCUACGAGCUGCUGGGCCUGCAGACCCUGGCGCGCAAGUACCUGCAGAAGCUGGACACCCACCUCAGCAUCUUCGACGUGCUGGGCGUCGCCCGGAAGGUGUACGGGGGCGGCAAAGGGUCGACGAUCCCGGACUACGACCCCUGGUUUUUCGAGGUCUAUGUCCGCGGCAAGAUGGCCGAUGCCUUCGUCGAGGAUCGCGAUCUCUUCGAGCGCCCCCGGUUCCAGUAUCUGCUGGGCGCGGAGACGGGGUUCGAUCGGUUCUUGGUGCAGGCGCUGGUCUGGAUCUACGAGGCGAGGAUCGCGGAGUUGGAGAAGAGGGCCGUGCGAAAUGGGGGUGGGGGUGGGUUGCAGCAGCGGGAUGAUAGGUAUGAGGAUCUGAGGAAUGCCGGAGUGAGAGAUGAGAGGAGUGCGGUCGUGGCCGGGUUGGAGGAUAUCGCGGAGGAGUAUCCGGAUGAGCGGACGGUGGCGUUGGAUGAGAUGGACGAGGUAGAGGGAGGAGGAGGGGUGUAUGAGCGACAACAUCUGGAAGCACAUGCGGAGGACUUGAUCGACGAGCGACCGCCGUCCAGUGCCCAUGUCUCGGAGGGGUAUCCUGUGUCCGUGGCGGAAGAACCGAUCGAGGAUUUUCAAGACACCCAUACUACUGCUGCCGCUGCCGCUGCCGCUGGCUCUCGCACCGAGGAAUACGGAGAAGAGCUCCCAGCCGAGAGAUACACGCCCAUCGAGCAGCCGAUUAAAGAGGAGGAGCCCAUCCCUCACGACGCCGCCGCCGACGACGACGAUGAUGACAGAUACAACCGUGCUGAACCGCUCGAGCCCGCCGCAGAUGACACCUGGAACGGGUGGGGGAGCUGGGCAGCCCGCACGAGGGAAUGGGGCUACACGACGGUCAUCCACGAGGAGGAGCCUGCAGCCACAGACCCCGAUCCCAUCGCCGAGAAAGACCCCCUCCCCGAGCCGGUGGCAGACGAGCCGCUCCCGGAUUACGCCGAGGUUCAGCAGCCGGUGGUGGUGUCGGAGGACCACCCCCACGCCCACCAGGAGAAUCAGAGCCCCCUGGAGAGCGGCAAGAAGAAGGACCGCAAGAAGGACCGCAAGAAGCGGAGCACCAUGAGCCGCACGCGGGCGCUGUUUUCCUCGGCGGAGGAACAGCCGCGCGAGCAGGCGGUCUUCUGA